UUUUUAAGUACAGACGUUGUAUUUCCGGUUUUUGUAUGGAGCUUAACGCACCUUGUUGGCCCGCAGCAUCCAGCAUCCUGACAUAGACCGAGCACAUAUUGCUCAUUCUAACCGGUUUCUGAGUUGUGUACGGGUGUACCGGUCAUCAUGGGGGAGCUGUUCAGGAGUGAGGAGAUGACCCUGGCCCAGCUGUUUCUCCAGUCGGAGGCGGCCUACUGCUGUGUAAGCGAACUGGGAGAACUAGGCAUGGUCCAGUUCCGAGAUCUGAAUCCAGACGUGAACGUGUUCCAGCGCAAGUUUGUGAAUGAAGUCAGGAGAUGUGAGGAGAUGGAUCGAAAACUAAGGUUUGUGGAGAAGGAGAUCAAGAAGGCCAACAUUCCAACUGUGGACACCGGUGAGAAUCCUGAGGUGCCUUUUCCCAGGGAUAUGAUCGAUCUGGAGGCUACCUUUGAGAAGUUGGAGAAUGAGCUGAAGGAGAUCAACACCAACCAGGAAGCCCUGAAGAAGAACUUCCUUGAGCUGACGGAGCUUAAACACAUCCUUCGUCGAACACAGCAGUUCUUUGACGAGAUGGAGGAUCCCAACUUGUUGGAAGAGUCAUCAGCUCUCAUGGAAGGCAACGAAGGGGGCAGAGGGGCGCCACUCAGAUUGGGGUUUGUGGCUGGCGUGAUCAGCAGGGAGAGGAUUCCAACCUUUGAGAGGAUGCUGUGGCGGGUGUGUCGAGGUAACGUUUUCUUACGGAAGGCUGAGAUUGAGGACCCUCUCGAGGACCCCACUACGGGAGACCAGGUCCACAAGUCUGUCUUCAUCAUUUUCUUCCAAGGCGACCAGUUGAAGAACAGGGUGAAGAAGAUCUGUGAAGGGUUCCGUGCCUCUCUCUAUCCUUGUCCAGAGACCCCACAGGAGAGGAAGGAGAUGCUCGCAGGAGUCAACAGCCGUAUUGAUGAUCUCCAAAUGGUGCUGAACCAGACCGAAGACCACCGCCAGCGAGUGUUGCAGGCCGCUUCAAAGACCAUGCGAGUUUGGUUCAUCAAAGUUCGGAAGAUGAAAGCCAUCUACCAUACUCUUAACCUCUGCAACAUCGACGUCACUCAGAAAUGUCUCAUCGCGGAGGUGUGGUGUCCUGUCUCGGACCUGGACUCCAUUCAGUUUGCCCUCCGCAGAGGAACGGAGCGAAGCGGUUCAACUGUGCCGUCUAUCCUCAACCGAAUGCAGACCAAGCAGACGCCGCCCACUUUUAACAAGACCAACAAGUUCACCAGCGGCUUCCAGAACAUUGUGGACGCCUAUGGCAUCGGAAACUACCGUGAAAUCAAUCCAGCUCCGUACACCAUCAUCACCUUCCCUUUCCUGUUUGCCGUCAUGUUUGGCGACAUGGGUCACGGCCUUUUGAUGACCUGCGCUGCUCUCUACUUGGUCAUCCGAGAGAGUCGCCUCCUUGCCCAGAAGAGCGACAAUGAGAUGUUCAAUAUGGUGUUUGCUGGCCGCUACAUCAUUCUGCUCAUGGGGAUCUUCUCCGUGUACACAGGCGUCAUUUAUAAUGAUUGCUUCUCCAAAUCGCUGAACAUGUUUGGCUCCGGGUGGAGCGUGAGGCCCAUGUUUGGUCCCAAAGGAGCCAACUGGUCCUUUGAGACGCUUGACAGCAACGCCGUGCUGCAGCUGGACCCAGCCGUUCCUGGUGUCUUCAAUGGGCCUUAUCCUCUGGGAAUCGACCCGAUCUGGAACGUCGCCACCAACAAGCUGACCUUCCUCAACUCGUUCAAGAUGAAGAUGUCUGUCAUCCUAGGUGUCAUUCACAUGCUGUUUGGAGUCUCCCUCAGUCUUUUCAACCAUCUGUACUUCAAGAAGCCUCUGAACAUCUUCCUGGGCUUCAUCCCAGAAAUUGUCUUCAUGGCAAGCCUGUUUGGUUACCUCGUCCUGCUGGUCUUCUACAAGUGGACGGCUUACGAUGCAUUUACUUCAAAAGAUGCUCCCAGCCUCCUAAUCCACUUCAUCAACAUGUGCCUCUUCAACUACAGUGAUCCCACCAACAAGCCGCUCUACGCAGGACAGAUGGGGAUUCAAGUGUUGUUGGUGCUCAUUGCCCUUGCAUGUGUGCCCUGUAUGCUGGUGGUGAAAACUAUGGUGCUUCGGCGUCAGCACCUGUGGAAAGUACACCUGUCACAGAAGAGGGAAGAAACCACUGCAGAGAAUCUAGAGCAAUCUUUAGAGCGAACAGGCGUGUCCUCAUCAUGCACCGGACUCACCCAACAGGGCACGCAGAAGUUUGGAGGGGUGCGAGUGGGCAACGGGCCCACGGAGGAUGAGGCUGGCAUCAUGGACCACGACCAGCUCUCCCAGCACUCGGAGGAAGGAGAUGAGCAAGCGGAGGAAGAGCCGUUUGACUUUGGUGAUGUGGCCGUCCAUCAGGCCAUCCACACCAUAGAGUACUGUCUGGGCUGUAUCUCCAACACUGCCUCCUAUCUGCGUCUGUGGGCUCUCAGUCUGGCUCAUGCACAGCUGUCAGAGGUGCUCUGGUCCAUGGUGAUGCACCUCGGUUUAUCCUCCCGCAGUGGGGGUGGGUUCUUUGGCCUGUCCAUCAUCUUUGCGGCCUUCGCCACCCUCACAGUUGCCAUCCUGCUGGUCAUGGAGGGGCUGUCGGCCUUUCUGCAUGCCCUGCGUCUUCACUGGGUCGAGUUCCAGAAUAAGUUCUAUGGUGGUCAAGGCUUCAAGUUUGUCCCCUUCUCGUUCGAGAGUAUCAUGGAGGGAAGAUUUGACGAGUGAUCGUUAGCUGGUGGAGUCCAUAGUCUUCUCUCUUCUCUUGUGUACUGUAUGUGUCCGUGUGCAUGAACACUCGUACAAACCUCUGUGUCCCUCUAGUGGCAACCCAUAAACCUGGCUGCCCAUGAUGUUGAAUAUUGUACCUGCACUGUAGAGGCUUUACCCAGGCUGGAACACCAUGGGUAGAUUUUAACGUAUUUAUAGUUUUAGUAAGGCUUGUGCAGUAUAUUGUCAUUUCCUGUUGUGAGCUUGGCUCCUCUUGUGUUUUUGGAUGGCGAAGCAGGUACCACACCUUUGUGUAGAACUUUAAACAGACAGUGGAAAUUCUUGGUAAAAUGCACUCACUUCAUGGUCCCCCCCCCCCCCCCUUCCCCCCAUGUACUUGGCACAUUCCACCCACAUCCAGUCACUCCUCUCCUGUGCUGUCAGCGUGUGUCAUUAGGAGGGAGGAAAUGAUCAGAGAGGGCAAGGAAACGGAGUUACAAUGUGGCGGAAUGAUCUCAUGGCAUGGCUGAGUGACAUGACGUUACAUAGAGCAGGUGUGUCCAAAGUGUAGCCAGCGGCACGUCCUAAAAAUAGUUUAGCUAGAAAAAUACGAAAUACUGAAACCAUGGAAAAAUCAGUCAUUUUACAAGAAUAAAGUCCAAAUAUUAAGAGGAAAAGUUGUAAUCCUGCGACCAAAAGUCGCCAAAACCUUACAAGAAAAUGUAAUAUAUUAUGAGAAUAAUAUGAAAAAUUUUAUUUAUUUUUUUAAGUUAAAGUCGAAAUAUUGUGGGAGUGAAGUCAUCAUCAGAGGAAAAUUAGCAAGUAUAAAGUUGAAAUAGUUGGGACAUAAAAACCAAGAGCAAUACAGCUGUAAUUUUACAAGAAAAAAAGAGGACAAAAGUUGUUUUCCAACGAGAAGAAAAGAAAAUUUAUGAGAAUAUUGUGAGGCAAGAUGUCAUUUUAGUAGCAAAUUUUUUUUAAAUAUUAUGAGAAACAAAAUAAAGUUGUAAUUUUUAGAAAAUGAGUUAAAUAUUUUGAGAAUAAAAUUGACACCAAUUAUUUAAGAGAAAUGUUGACAAUUUUGGAAAAAUGUCAUAACAAAAAAGCUAAAAUGUGGGGAAAAAAAGUGGCCCUUGGACACCCUUGCCACAUGGUAAAGAAGUCACGGUACGAAGCUGUCUAUGAUGAGGGGUCAUCCAUGUGGUCUCAUGUCUGCAUGAAAUCAAUAGUUACAGUAUAAAGUAUAU